AUGUUCGUCAAGUCCAUCCUCGUUACUCUGGGCCUCUCUGCCCUCGCCAUUGCCGGCAGCACUGCUGCCAGCUGCUCCAGCGACCAGCAGGUCGUCUGCAAGGACAACGGCAACGGCGGUCUCCUGACCCUCGGCAACGUCCUCCCCGGUGGUCUCGGUGUUUCCUGCUCCGGCGGUGACGUCUACUGCUGUGACAAGAGUGCCACGCAGGACGGAAACCUCAUCAACCUCGACGUCAACGCUCAGUGCUCUCUGAACCACCUGCUUUAA